UCCGAUCUUCCGUCUCACUACUCGUAAGGUACACAAUCCAAACAACCAUCAAUCCCAUUGCACGGAUAACCUAAGCUAACUACCCCCCUUUCUCUCCCAGUAACAAACACAACAAACAAAAAAACAAGGGCGUCACAAUGGAGUUCGCCGCCCACCGUCCCUUCGACGACCAAAAACCGUCCCUGUUCGAGCUGCUAUCCGAACAGCAGCUCUCCUCGCUCCUCCCGCCGACCCUCCGCUACCUCCUGACCGUCCUCACCCACCGCUACCCGCGCCACCUCCUGCGCGUGCUCAAUUCCUUCGACGAGCUCUACGCCCUGGCCGCCCUCGUCGUCGAGCGCCACUACCUGCGCACCCGCGGCGGCUCCUUCACCGAGCACUUCUACGGGCUCAAGCGCGAGAAGGCGCUGGCCGCCGAGAUCCCGCGCGCGAGCGCCGCCGCGCCGGGCGCGGUACGCGACGCGCUGAGGCUGACGCGCGCCGAUGUGUGGCGGAAUUUGGCCGUGAUUGUCGGCGUGCCGUAUCUCAAGCGCAAGCUGGAUGAGGCGUUCGAGGUGGAUGCGCCGCGCGCCAUGCUCGGGGCCGCGUAUAACCGGCCGCCGGCCGCGGGCGCGCCCUGGAGGGAGCGGGUCGUGUAUUGGUGGCGGUGGUUCCUGAGGCGUGUGUACCCUGGCGUCAACGCGGCGUAUUACCUGGCGCUGUUGGCGUUUAACCUGGCGUAUCUAUUUGACAACUCCAAGUAUCACAGCCCGUUUCUGUGGCUGAUUGGGACGAGGGUCAGGCGGAUGAACGCGGCGGAUUAUAAGGCUAUUGAGGCGCUUGAGGAGAAGGUGGCGAAAAGAGGGGCGCGGAGGACGAUUGGGGCGCGGGUGUUGGGCAGGCUGUCGCUGGUCUUGCCGGCAAGUAUCUUUGCGCUCAAGUUUUUGGAGUGGUGGUAUGCGUCGGACUUUGCGAAGCAGCUGUCGAGGAAAGCCGCUGAAAGCUUGGGCUUGCCGCCACCCGUGGUGACGGGGCUGCCUGAGGGGAAGAAGGCGCCGGCAAAAGAGAAGGCUGCGGAAGAUGAAGAAGAGCUUGACGAUGAGGAGAAGGAAAAGCGGGCAAUGAAGAGGGCACCCAUUGCGGCGUCGUCUCUGUUGCCCAUCUACACGGUUCCCGCACCAGAGGAGUCCGACCAGUGUCCCAUCUGCGAGGGAGACAUCCCCACGCCUACCGCCUGCCAAACGGGCGUCAUCUACUGCUACACUUGCAUUCACAAGUGGCUUACUGGAACACACCCGAGGCAAGAGAAGUUUAUGGCUCAGAGGGCCGGCAAGUGGGAGAGCGGCGAGGGGAGGUGUGCGGUCACGGGGAGGCGGGUUCUAGGCGGGACCGAGGGGCUCAGGAGGAUCAUGGUAUAAGGGCUUUGUUUGUUCCUGCCUGUACAUGUAUCAUGUAAGAGUAAGGUCGGAAUGACUGAUGGUAUUAGAGGUUUGAUUGUGGGCGUAUAUAAUACAAGCGAC